GCAGCAGCAAUUAGCAGCAUCCAGAUCAGUGCGAGGGAUCAGUCAUCUCUGUCUGUGUCUACCCAGCCUGCUGCAGGAGAAGCCCCCUCCCCUCCUGUGGGACUCCCCCCUAACUCUUGGGUUUCAGAUGACCACCUCUGCCUGACCCCACCAAGAGACAUCCCACCUCUGCAUUGUAAUCACUGUCAUUUACACUUCAGCUUCCAACCUGUCUACAGCAGAGCUGACUGCUGCUCAUCCACAAGGAGGAGGGGGGCUGUGCAUGGAUUAAGACUUUUUUGGGGGGAAGUGAACAUGUCAUGUCUCUUUUUUCCAGGCAUUGCAGACUUGUAACAUGCUGGGAGCCUGCCGGGAAAGUGGGUGUAUGAAGUAGAGGCAGCAGACAGGGCAGAGCAAGUCCCCAGCAGCAUCUUCUGGAUGAGGAUCUCCAGGGGAGCAGAGGCAGGAGAGCUCCUCAGCUUUGGAUGGUCCCUAAGGAGUUAUGGAUGUUGAUGCCCUAAAGUCUCCAGCACAGAGCAGAGUCCUGGGAGUCAGUGGUCACCAGAUCCCAGCUCACCCCACAUUGGAUUUUAGCUUUCCAGUAUGUGUCUUUCCAUGAGGCAUCUUCUGAAGCCCUCAGUACAAUGUGGAAAUGGAUACUGACACAUGGUGCCCCAGGCUUCUGUCACCUGCCUCGCUCUCUGCUCCUCUUGUUUUUGGUCUGCUCCUUGUCUGUCACCUGUGAUGAGGUCUGGGGGAGAGGGUCAGUGCGCCCCCCGGAGAUCUCCUCCAACUAUUCCUCUGGGAGACACGUGCGAAGUUACAACUACCUUCAAGGAGAUAUCCGCUUCAGGAAACUCUUCUCCUUCCACAAGUAUUUCCUCAAGAUCGAUGACACCGGCAGGGUUAGCGGGACCAAGAAGAAUGACUGUCCUUACAGUAUAUUGGAGAUAACAUCUGUGGAUGUGGGGGGGAUUGUGGCCAUCAAAGCCAUCAACAGCAAUUAUUAUUUAGCCAUGAGCAAAAAAGGCAAAGUAUAUGGCUCUAAAGAAUUUAAUAUAGACUGUAAACUAAAAGAAAGAAUAGAGGAGAAUGGCUACAACACGUAUGCAUCUCUGACAUGGAAAAAUAAUGAGAGACAAAUGUUUGUGGCACUAAAUGGGAAAGGAACCCCAAAGAGAGGACCAAAAACGAGGAGGAAAAACAUGAACGCCCAUUUUCUCCCCAUGCCUUUAUAACAUUAAAUGAAGGAUUUGAUGAAUUUUUCGACUGCGGUCUUGUGAAGAACAUUCUAAAGAACUUUCUACAGUUGUAAAAGAAAGAUGUUUCUGGUGAACCAUGAGCAUCUUAGGACUUAUGAGGACAUUUUUUGUUGGUACAGUGUCAUACAUGUGACUAUGGUGGGAAUUAUAAAAGCUGAAUCUCCAGCUUGAAGAAACUUGUGGUGGGAAAGUUAUUUAUGGAAUACUAAGUCAAAUCCAAGAUCAUCAAUACUUAUUGGGGCCCAAUGAUUCAGCGAGAAGUCAUCCAUAUAAGCAAUUACCAGAAGCAAUUGGGUCAACAUUACAGGAAUAAUGGAUUUUUCUGACUAGACAUCCAAAAGAAUGUAUAGGAUCAAGAUGUGUAAACAUGAUCAAACUGUUCUAAAAAAUGACUAUUGUGUUAUGCCUGUGUAUUUUAUCAUCCCCUAUCCCUACUCUGUUUCUUUGUAAGUUAUUUAUUUAAUAGGAUGUUUACUAUGUCUCUUCAGUGUUUGAGUCGUGUGUCUACAAUUUUGCAUCUGUUUUAAUCUCAUUAUUGAAAAGAGAUGGGGCCUUAUUUAUCAAAACCAAUACAAAAAAAAAUGUCCUUGGUGCCCAAAGCAACCAAUCACAAUAAAGCAUUUAUUUUCCGAGAGUAGAUGAAGAGCUGAAAGCUAAACUCUGAUUGUUUGCUUUGGGAAAAGAGGGCUGUUUUGAUACAUGUGGCCCUUUUUUUCUGCUUAAACAUCAUAAUAUGGGACAAUGUUCUAGUAAUAAAAAAAGUGGAGACAUUUAUACAUAAGAAAAAAAAUAGAAAACACUAUUUAUCAGUCGAUCGUAUAGGCGUUAAAUUAAAAGACAGGUUACUUUGGUGGACAAGCCUAAAUUGUGAGGCUUUGAUUAUAUUUUUUUCGGAAUGAGAGUUUUGUAAGUCAUCUAAUGCCAGAGUAUAUUCAUAUUAGUAAUGCAUUAACAUCUGUCAUUUACAAUUAAUUAUUAUAUUUUUUUUCUACCAUGGUCAUUUUGUAGUUACGGCUUGUAAGGACAUAAAAAAAGGGACUCGCUGGGCCAUAUUAAAUAAGCGGCAUUACAGUUGAUGUCACCAAGAUAAGAGGAGGACUGGCUUUCUAUUGCAUUGAGAUUGGCUCAUGAUGUAAACGUGACAUCAAAUUCUGAUCUGUUUUGUGCCAUUAUAGUGCUGAGUGCACGGCUUCUACAAAAUGAAUGGAUAAUAACCUGUUUCGAUUGGCUUUAUUGUGGAUGGGUCAUAUCAGGGGUGUAGCUAGGUAGAAAGGCUGGUCUGGUGUGUCGUGUCAUUCCCCCCCCCCCGGGUACCAGCAGGGGGGCACCAACAAGCCACUCUGCUUUGGCUAGGAUAUUUAGUUAGAGAGCUAAAACAUAGCACCUAAGAAGAAAAGCCUAGCUAUGACCCUCGGGAAAUAUAGUAUUAUCUUGUGGCAGAAAUUAUAUCGGUAUCAUAUUUACCGCUUUUAUUACAGUACUGUGUGUACCUCUUUUUAGAUAAUAUAAGCCAAUGGUCUCAGUUGUAAUGCUGUGAUAAAGUAUAUAAUGCCUGAUGUUUUGUAAGAGUCUAUAAUCUGAAUUCUACAUCAAAAUCAUCGUAGAAUAUGGAAAAAGAAUCUCUGUAUCGGAAUAGAGUUGAAGAACUUAGGAAAAAGAUAUAAAUAUACCGUUAUAUACAUUAAGCGCAAUUUUGCCUAAAAAGUGCAUAUGACUUGAUUAUGUACGUUGUUUAAAUACAGUCAUAUUUUAAGACCAUUGGAUAAAUAUAUAUAUAUAUCUAUUUUUGUAAUAAAAAAAUACAGAUAAUAAAAUAACUAAGAUUGAAUACAUUUAAAUUAAAUAAAUAUUGUUGCUAUGUCAACAAUUUAAUCUUUUUAUCUGAGACAAUGAAAAUAGACAGCAGCCCCUAGAGUAUAUUAUGUGAAGCAUUAAAAAAAUAUUUAAAAAAUGGCUCUUAUUCCUACCAUCUAUUUUAAAUAUUACAAAAUGUCCAAAUAUGUCUUCCUUUUUCAAGACAAAAUCAACUUAUCUGAAGAAGACUUGUCAGACAUGAAUCAGCCCUCUCGCCCAUUCUUCUUGUCUUCAUCUAAAGAAAUAAUACUAAAAAUAUAUCUUUUAAAAUAAAUACAUUUUUGCUAAUUCUCCCAGAAAUGAUCCACAUUAUCAUUGUAUAGUUUUAUUUUUAUGUCCUCCCUUUCAUAAAUAAGUCACACCAUGUUUGGGUAAUAUUUGGCAAGAACGGUCAUGUGAAUUUAUGCCCCAGGCAUAUGCAAUUGUAUGCCUAUCCAAUUGCAUACAUCUGCCAUUGAUGUAAAAAAGUUGUUUUAUAAAAGCAAUCCCCAUCCAAAUGCCCUAUUAAGACAUAUGGAUAUCAUAAGGUCUCCCCCUUCCUUAAAGGGGUACUUUGCUGCUCAGCGUAUGGAACUAACUGUUCUGAAUGCUGGAGCUGGCAUCGGGAGCUCAUGACGUCAUAGCCCCACCCCCUCAAUGCAAGUAUAUGCCACGCCCCCUCCCAUAGACUUGCAUUAAGGGGGUGGGGCUAUGACGUCACAAGCUCCCGGCGCCGGCUCCAGCAUUCGGAACAGUUUGUUCCAAAUGCUGAGCAGUGGAGUACCCAUUUAAGCCAGAAUGGAGAGCCACUUGAGAACUGGACGUUUCCUAUAAUUAUGAACUGUCAUGUAACGAUUGUAUAAUACAGUCUAAGCCCCCAGCCUGACAUAAGCGCAGAUUUCCUGGAUCAGGGCUUGUUUACCGAGCCUAUUACAUGGCUGGGAAUUGGGUAUCUAGGGCCACACAAACAAUCAUUACAUUGUUUAUGUGGCCCUUUACUUCUUCAAUUCAUCAGACACACAUUCCCUAUUAAACAGGGCAUUGUGUGGCCGACAAACAACAAUGUCAAAAUGUGAGAUCAGCUGAUGAUGGGGCUUUUGCUCAUUCAUUAGCUGAUGGUUGGACCUAUUAUAUGGGCUAAUAGGACCCUAAUACAUUUUUGCUGCAGGGGAAGCCUGGCAGGCCAUGCCUUCCACCUGCAAAAUCAGCUAAUCCCCAUGGGUGGUUAAACCAAACUGAAAGGGGUUGUCUCCGAUUUGAUUUGGCUUUUGGGUCCAUGCAUUACAUAUUUCGGGUAUACACAUGGAUGGCCAGCAUGAAGUGUUACGAAUGAGUCGACAGAUGGGGUUUCACUUGGCAAUAACAUGGUCACCAAGGAUUAAAGUGCCCGUACACUAUGGUGAAAAGUUGGCCAAAGCCACUUCGGCCUACUCUUUACUGUCUAUGGGGACUUCCUGACUGCGGAGAGAAAGGGCUGGACAUUUUGGAAUUCAAGUGUUAUCUAGUGUUAGAUAAGCUACAGCCCAAGUUGUCUAAUAGCAGCUUACCCCAUCUCUCUCCACUACAGCACUUGAACCUUGCCGAAUAUUCAUGUGCAUUGGGAAAUGAGAAUAGAUAGCUGCCGGCUGAACGAACAUUUUGCCGACAGCUAUUGCAGGUGUAUGGCCACCACUACAGAAUAUGUAGCAAUCAGCUGAUUGCCCAAUUGGCUUCCAUUUAAAAAAGGGUUGACUUAUGUAAAAUUGUACACCCUUUGACAACGCUUUUUAAUACAGUUGAGACAAAUCUGAACUAAUGUAUACUGGCCAAAUGGGCACUCUUUUGACAUACAUCAGGCUGAUCAAAAUCUAUGGUCUGGUUGCCAUAUUCAUCGGUAUACAUACUCAACAUUGACACCAAAACAUGCUAUGAACCAAUGUAUUUAUUUAAACCUUUCUUUUAGAACAGAUGAGAACAUCCUACCUUCCAGACAUACCACAGGCAUCACAUGAUUACACAUACGAGGUUCUUCCCCAGUGUCCUUCUAAGAUAAAUGUAGUCUAAUAUUAUUAUUUUGUUAAAACACUUUAUCUGGUAAUAUGAGAUUAUAUUGAUGCUGCAGUUUUAUCUUCAAAAUUUCUUGUAAAAAAUAUGUUUUAUUUUUAUUCUUUGGAAACUGUAUUUUGGUACAAAUGAGAUACUAAUGUGUUUUUACUAAAAAUUUAACCACUAGAAAUACUGGUCGUUUGUGGUUUUAUAAGUUAUUUGAGUCAAUGCUUUUUACCAGCACUUCCAAUGUAAAAUCUUUUAUUUAAAUACUAGCUGUUUUAAAGGAGCUUUCCCAUAAAUUGCAAAAUGGUUAGAUUGUGCGGUCUUCCUCAAUAAAGCUGAUA